GAGUAAUAUAUUUUUAUUUAGAAGUCAAUGAACAUGUCAAUGCAACCUGGAUGUGCAUAGCCGAGCGGAUGCAGAGCUGACCCAUUCCUCUAUGCUCGCUCGCGGCUAGCUGUCACAACUUCUCGCGCCAUGGAGAAGGAGAAGCCAGCGUUCACGGCGGAGCUCGACGUGUCCCGUGGCUCGUCCUACGGCGGGUUCAUCUCCGGCGUGCGCAACCAGCUCGUGCGUCACGCCCGCGCGACGCGCCACCUGGAGCUCGUCCUGCUCCAUCCACAAGAAGAGGACCCCAAGAAGGCACCGUGGUUCCGCGUCGCGCUCCGGUGUAGCUCCUCCGGGGACUCGGCGGUGCUCCUCCGGGUACGCACCGACAACCUCUACAUCUCCGGCUACCAGAGCUCCGACGGGCGGUGGUGGGAGUUCCGGGGCGGCUCGGUCAUCGACGCCGCGACGGAGCUCGCCUUCACCGACAGCUACGAGAGCAUGGGGAGAGCGGCCGGGUUAGAGCUGGAGAGUGUCACCCUUAGCAAGAAGGAUCUCGAGGCCGCGGUGGGGCAGCUCGCGGCAGCGGCUGGACGACGACCCAGCGCCGGCGGCGCCGGCAGCAGUAGUCAGCAGGAUACCGCGAGAUCGCUGAUGGUCGUCGCGGUGAUGGUCUGCGAGGCCAUCAGGUUCAGGAGCGUCGCCGGCGCACUGGCGCACGUCAUGUGCAACGCCGCGCGGUUCGGCACGCUGCCGGCGCACAUGGUCGCCCAGGUGAAGAACUGGAGCAGCCUGUCCGAGUACUGGCUCGGCGCCGCCCUCUACGGGCAGAAGUUCCUGCCGCUCGUCGGGGCGGCCGACGGCAGCCAGCAGCGGUGCGACCACAUCCCGCGCCACCUGCUUGCGCCUGUGAAGAUAGACUGCCAGGACCACGCCAUGAUGGCGCUCGGUGUCGCGCUCAACCGGCAGAGGCCGUUGCAAGACAAGCACAGGAAGGCGCUCGACGACCAUUGGCGCGCCGUGCGCGCACAAGCACGCAAGCUCGACAGGGAGAGGACUUGAUUCAUUGUUGGUAUGCGCUGCACUGUGGCCUGUGGUCUUGGAAAAUGUUAGACAUGCUACCUUUUCAUGUCGUCUGGUGUGUGUAUCAGAAUUCAGAAAGGAAAUAAGCUUAUGCACAUGAGGAAAAAAAACCCUCCAAUCAUGAUAGCGUUACAGCGUUAAAAUGUAAUUGAUACCUUAUAGCUACCAAAUGAACAAGUUUCUGUCAAUCGUUUUUACAAGUAUUCCUGUACAGGGCUACAGGCAGGCACAUGCCCACAACUGAUAGUCUGGUAAUUACAAAGAAGUUCAUUCGCUCACAUUUCGCAGCAGGCAGCCAUAAGCCCAUAACUGAUACAUCAUACAACCUUUUUUAAAA